AUGCACCCGUUUAACAGCAGUCUCGGUAACUUCAGUAUGAUGAUGGAGGUUGAGGACACGCCCCGGGAUGAGAAACUUGCUAAAGUAGAGAUCGCGCUGCUCAGUGUUAUCUUCGUAAGUGCCUCUAUCCUGAACACCGGGCUAUUACUGGUUCUGUGGAAGCGGCGCAAACAGGUCUCCAGGAUGCGUGUCUUCGUGUUCCAUCUGUGCAUCGCAGACCUGGUGGUUGCGUUUUUCCAGGUUUGCCCGCAGCUCAUGUGGGAAAUUACUGACAGGUUCAUUGGACCAGACCUGGUGUGCCGCUUGGUGAAGUAUCUGCAGGUAGUGGGCAUGUUUGCGUCCACCUACAUGAUUGUGGUGAUGACCAUUGACCGCUACCAGGCUAUAUGCAACCCCAUGGUCAAGUUUCAGAGGAGGCACGCGCGCUGGAACAUCCCAGUGUGCGUCGCCUGGACGAUCUCCCUCGUGGGCGGCAUGCCUCAGAUGUUCAUCUUCUCGAGGGUCCAGGUGGCGCCCGGGGUGUUCGACUGCUGGGCGGACUUCAUCCAGCCCUGGGGCUUGAAGACCUACAUCACUUGGACCACGCUGGUCAUCUUUGUCUUACCCAUUUUGACUGUGGUGGUGUGCCAGGUGCAAAUAUGUCGAGCCAUCCAGGUCAACCUUUAUCUAAAGACGCAUCAGGAGGGGGGCAGCGGGGUGGCCUUUCGACUGCCCUCCAGAACCAGCAGCGUGGCCGGGGUAUCCAAAGCACGAAUCAAGACCGUGAAGAUGACGGUGGUUAUUGUGUUCGUCUAUAUCAUCUGCUGGACUCCGUUCUUCAUGGUCCAACUUUGGUCUGUUUGGGACAUGGACGCGCCGACGGAAACGACAACGUUCACCAUCCUGAUGCUGUUAGCGAGUCUGAACAGCUGCACAAACCCCUGCAUCUACCUGCUCUUCAGCGGCCAGCUGCCCAAGAAGCUGGAAACGGUGCUGUGCCGGAAUCCGUCCGAAGUGAAAUACUCUGUUAAUGAUGAGGCCGCGGUGGUCAGCUCGCUCUACGUGAGCUUCAAAAGCAUUUCCGACUCCAAAUAGAACGCACGGUUUUCAAAUCCCCACGGUGUGUUGGGAAGCAAGUGACUAGAGGCACGCACAGUCAAUCAGGUAACCAACGGCGAGUCAAGGGCAGUUCUAAUGACGGGCCAUUUACUCCCUCGAUAUCAUGGUCAAGAUGUAUCAAGUGAUCUUUCGUGGACAUUAAAGCACUCACUAUAAUGGAGCCAGAAAUAGAUAGGAUAAUUGUGAGCGGGUAUUUGCGCAAAUACGCGCCAAAUCCUGGGGGGUAAACCCCCGCUAAUGGAUAAAGGCAGGCGGUUGGUGCUGUAGGCUGGUGCUGGGCAUCACAGGGAGCUAAACCACGGUUGUAAAACCUCUGUCAGACAACAUAGUAAUGAGAGACAUUGUGACAAGGUGUGGUCAACAUGUCGGUGGAGUCCAGAAAAUAGAUUCGUUUGGUACCUUAUGUGAAUAAUUUUCCAAAUCUAAUCUAACAAAAUCCAUGUUAACACCUGUAAAUUGUUUGACAAAAUAUUGUGUAGCAGGCAUAUAGAAUUCAUUUACUGCCUGUUAUUAUUGUUAUAUUUCAAAAAUAUAUUGUAAACGAUCAAACUUUCAUCAUCAACAUUGGAGAAGCUGUUUAGUGCUUUUAUGAAUUUUUAUUUGAUUUAUUUAACCUUUAUUUAACUAGGCAAGUCAGGCCAGGCAGAGACACGGUGAAAUAAUCCUUUACAAAAUAGAAGCUGUGUGUAAACAGAGACAGUUCGAGUUUGAUGGACCUUAACAAGACAAGCCGACAGGCCAACUUUAGAGUGACCAGACAGAUCUUUGGUCAAACUUAACUUUGUACAUAUAAAAAACGAUUUAUGAAAGUCUUCUCUAAUGUUCAUCUUCUAUGUUGUAAACUGAGAAAGACAACAAUGAUUUUGUAGUGUAAGCGAUUAUAAAAUAAACUACCACAUUUUUGUGGGUCAAUAGCUAGGUUGUUUUCAUCCAACAGAUUUUCAUGUGAAUUAAUAUUAAAUAAUUUAAAAAUCCGCAUAAUAACAAUAUGCGCAUUUUCGCACUAAACAUGUUUCCAUCAAAUUGAUUUGUUGCACGAUAUAAAAAAUACAUUGUACCGAUAAAUUGCCAUGUACCGAAUAAAAUAAUACAAGUUAAAUGGGUUUCCAUCGCAUAUUCAACUCUACAGAUGGUUUACUCACACAAAAAAAUCGCAAAAAUACCAAGUGUGCCCACUCUGGUAUUGGCGCUCUAGCCAUAUAGUAGAUUCUGUACAGUACUAUAUCUGAGCGCUGUUGACUAGAGCGCACGUAUAGCCUACAUGAUGAGAUUAUUAUGGAUAAAAGAGCGAGAUUAUAAUUGUUUGUCAAAUGGCAGCCAAACAUCGAUUAUAUGUCACCAGAAUAAGACCCUCAACAUGUAUUGGAAAAGAGCAAUAAGCUCAUCACAGUGCACUUUCACCAUUCUGUGAAGUUCAUCAUAAUUUAUUUCAUCUGCAGUUUAAUAAACUGCAUGCUUCCCGGAGUCGUAGUGGAAGGAACACACAAGUGUACUUAGAUAUGAUGGUUAUUGCAGUAUAUCAAUAUUUGCGCAUUUUGUCUAGAGUAUUUUGAAAAGUUUACCGACAAAUUGUUGUUUUCAUCAUCUGUCACGACAUUUUUUAUCCAACAUGUCCUCUAGUAGCAUAAAAAGGUUGGAUGGAAACCUGGUUACUGACAGCAAUGGAGCUGGCAUGAAUAAGAACAUACCUGGGACCAAGCUAGGUUUAGGAGCCUGGCAGACCGGUAUGCAUCUUUAUAAGAGCUGCUUGCCAUAGUUUCUCCCUGACUAUAGCCUUAGGGUGUUUCACUCUUGGUCCUUUUCAGAUAUUUUUUCGCUUCGCUUAUUUUCUUGUGCAGUGUGAACACGCCAAAGAAACCCAGACCGCUCAAAAGAGUCCCGGAAGCGAACCGAACUGUGCCGGUUUCAAGAAGUGGUCUGAGUUCGGUUCACUGCGGUUCCCUUUUUCUGGGAAAUGUUUUAUUUAUUUUACCAUGAUUUAACUAGGCAAGUCACUUAUUCUUUGAGUUGUGAUUGCAGUUGUAAAUGUUUCCACUAGGGAUUGAUAGAUUUACAGUUAGUGUUACUUUAUAGCCUUUUAUCUAUUUCACACAGCAUUUUGUCAUAACUAGAUAGCUAGCUACGUUUUUAAGAGAGAGCUUUUCAAUUCGCAUCUCUCCCACUGUUUUCAGUCACAGGUGGGGACUGGAUUAAGUCUGAGCAGUGCAGGAGGUUGGCUACAAUUUUACAGGGGGUAGCUUUAUUUGUGACCUAUGUUCAAAUUAGAAUUGUGCAAUAGCAGAGCAUAAGAGCCACAUCAAUGUUACACUGAGUUAAGUUGUUGUUACAAAAUGUUAUAUUCCAGUGUUAUUUAAUGUUAUUGGUUAAAGUAUAUCCCAUUAAAAUAUUA